AAUCUACGGCUUGUGGAUCAGUCUCUUUUUUAAGUUCUUCACUUCCUCGGAGCUUUGUUUCUCCGGCCAUGACGCUGAAACUGAAUAUCCCGUUCCCGAUAUUCGCGCCAUCACUAUUGCCGCGCCCGAGUCCGAGUCCGAAUCCGAACCCGAGUCCGAAUCUGAACCCGCCCAAUCUCCAAAGAGGCCCCAGUGAGCUCCGAUUCUCUCGUUGGGGCAACGCAAACGCCGAGCGGUUCGAGCAGCGCCGCCGUGACCAGGAGGAGAUCGAGGCGGAUUUACGCCGCCACCGCCGCUUCGACGCCGCCGCCAGAAUCGCCCACACCCUAGAUGCCGGCGCCGAGCCCCGGACGACGAAAUUCAAAUCCAGAGGAACACCUUCCUUGCCCUCUUCUCCGUCGAUUCCGGGUCGGAGAUCCAAGUACUCCAAACCCGAUCCUGGACCUGACCCGAAGCCCAAGAACAAACCACGGGUACCCGAUUCGCCGCCGCAGCUGGAGACGAAGCCUAAGGUGAAGCUGAGCGACGACGGAUUGACUUACGUCAUCGACGGUGCUCCUUUCGAGUUCAAGUACAGCUACACGGAGACGCCGAAGGUGAAACCAGUGAAGCUGCGUGAGCCACCAUACGCGCCAUUCGGGCCCACCACGAUGGGUAGGCCGUGGACUGGCCGUGCGCCGCUUCCGCCGUCUCAGAAGAAGCCGAGGGAGUUCGACUCGUUCCAGCUUCCGCCGGCGGGGAAGAAAGGGGUCAAACCGGUUCAGAAACCCGGCCCAUUUAUGCCCGGGUCGGGUCCGAGGUAUGUCUACACUAGGGAAGAGAUUUUGGGGGAGCCAUUGACCAAGGAAGAGGUUAAGGAGAUGGUGCUUUCGUGCUUGAAGACAAGGAGGCAAUUGAACAUGGGCAGAGAUGGCUUGACACAUAACAUGCUGAACAACAUACAUGAUCUGUGGAAGCGACGAAGAGUUUGCAAGAUAAAAUGCAAAGGAGUCUGUACAGUCGACAUGGAUACCGUUUGCCAGCAAUUAGAGGAGAAAACCGGUGGAAAGAUCAUUUACAGAAAGGGAGGGGUGCUUUUCCUUUUCCGAGGCAGAAACUAUAACUUCAGGACACGUCCACGGUUCCCUCUUAUGCUGUGGAGGCCUGUAUCCCCUGUAUAUCCACGGCUGAUUCAACGUGUUCCUGAGGGUUUAACACUUGAAGAAGCUACUGAAAUGCGUAGGAAAGGACGAGAGCUUAUGCCUAUUUGCAAGCUGUCCAAGAAUGGUGUGUAUUACAACCUUGUGAGAAAUGUGAAAGAGGCAUUUGAAGUGUGUGAAUUGGUCCGCAUCAAUUGUCAAGGGAUAAAAGGGAGUGACUUCAGGAAGAUUGGUGCCAAGCUUAAGGACCUUGUCCCUUGUGUUUUGAUAUCCUUCGAGAACGAGCAAAUUCUCAUCUGGAGAGGACGGGACUGGAAAUCGUCUCUUUCAACUCCAGAUGACACGGAAAAUCAACUCAGAGACGCUGAAAUCGAUACCGCCAUUUCUCUUGCAGCACAUCAAGUGGAAGAUCAAGAAUCGGUUACACCUAAUCAGAUUCUUGAAACCGAUGAUGAGGAAUCUCACUCUCCUACUGGUUCAACAGAAACAGAUCCAGAUUAUGGUGAUCAGAGUUCCUCAGAUGAAAACGAUCCAUUCGUGAAUGCCAAUGCUGUGGAUGGUGCGGAUCUGGAGAGCGCAAAGGCUGAAUCUUUUCAGAACUCAGAUACUGAAGACGUGGUCGAGCCAAUUGCAGAGAAGGAAGGUGUUCCUCUGAAUCACGAAGAUCAAAAACCUGAACACAACUCAGAAACAGAAACCUCGGAAGAGAUCAGUGAAGUGGUGAAUCACCAAAGCAUGGAGAGAGUUCUGAGUCUGGUGAAACAGGCUGUGGAGGGAGGGAGUGCACUCGUGUUGGAAGAUUCUGAUCUUGACCCAGAUACCGUUUUGGCCAAAGCUGUGGCCUUUGCCAUGACAGCUCCACCUGGGCCGGUUUUCCAACACAACCAGAGGAAACCAUCAUCCGGUAAGAAGAACGAAAACCGGGACUCAAACUCAGAGGUGAAGGCUGGCAAAGACGCAAUCCCUGUGAAACAGGGAGUUACUGGAAGAGUGGAAGGAGAGAAGAAAAAACAGAUUCCGAAGAAGAGAAUGGAUGACUUUGAUGGAGAUUCCAGAAGAGAUGUAAUCCCACAAGGAACAUUGAGAGUAGAUGAACUUGCCAAACUACUGGCAUGAUGAAUUUUGUUUUCUAAUGCUGUGUAACGAAAUGCAUGUAUGCAUUCAUGACAUGAACUCGAAACCUGUAAGAAGCACAAAUUUUUCCACUGAA